UUAGCAGCGUCCUUCCUAGUACGAUGCCUGGUAUUGGUAAAUAAGAAUGAGCGACAAGAUGUUCCAUAAAACUUACACACUUGAGGCAAUUCAUAACACGUUGAUAUUGUCAUUAGUCCCGUAAAAAUGAGACAGUUGAGGAAAUUCACGGUAGCGUCUUAAUAUAUUGUCAUCAGUUCCAUAAAAGUUAGACGGUUGAGGGGAUUCACGGUAGCAUGUUGAUAUUACCAUCACAAUGGUGAAGGCCAUUUUCGCCAAGGUUAAGCCAGUUACAGCUUGAGAAGGCAAGGCAAAACAGCUUACAGUUUGCUUUCAUGUCCUUCAUGUCGGAACGUACGUGGGGAAGUCCGUUCGCCAGCGAUGUGGUAUCGUGCGUAUCCUGACCGGUGUUAACGUGUUUUGAAAACAGCCCUGCACUGGAUGUGUGGCAAAUGUGUUGUGUACCAUUCACGGCUUUAUAACUAGGAACAGGCUUCAUGACUAAAAAUGGAUGUCACUGAUUUUCUGCUUUUGUUAUCUGUAUUCUUCAAAUUAGCUAUGCAGACUACCUCUGCUAAAGAAGAAGACUCAGGUUGUGUAGAUGGGAUGUCCUGCAUGUCCCUAGCGGAAUGUUCAGCCCAGCUGAGGAGUUGGCAGCAGAAUGAAAGUGACAUUCUCUUCAGGUGCAAUUAUGGAAAGCAAAAAGUAUGCUGUCCGUUAUCACCUCGAACACGUGAAAAGUCAAAUAUGGAUCUGCUGCCCAAUGAAAAGUGUGGCUUGACAAGUGCAUCAAAAAUAUCCAGUGGACAUAAUGCAACAUUUGGACAGUUUCCAUGGAUGGCACUCCUGGGUUCUAGAUUGAGUAAUGGUGGUCUGCGUUUUAUCUGUGGAGGAACCCUCAUCAGUGAUCAGUACAUAUUGACAGCUGCACAUUGCCUGCACAUAGUGAAUGCAACUCUAGAGAUCAUUCGUCUUGGUGAACAUAACCUAGACACUGUGGAGGAUUGUGAAGACUAUUGCUCAGAUCCCGUGCAAGAUUAUCAAGUGGAAAUGGCUGUUUCCCAUAAAGAGUUUGAUAUUCAUAAUCUCAAGAAUGAUAUUGCAUUAAUCCGGCUUCAUACUAAAGUUCCUCAGUAUACAGAUUAUAUAAGGCCAAUAUGUUUGCCAUUUGGUAUAAAUAUAACAGGAGAAGAAGAGACAAAAUAUCAAAUAGCAGGCUGGGGAAAAACAGAUUUCUAUGAGCCUAAAGGAAGUGCUGUUCUCCAGUUUGCAACUGUAAACAGUGUUCCUCUAGAGGACUGCAACUCUCGCCAAGCAGCAGAGGUUCGCCCUUUAGGAGAUACACAGCUGUGUGCUGCAGGGAACAGUGGGGAAGAUGCUUGCAAAGGAGACAGUGGAGGCCCCCUCAUGGAUGUUGUGCAGCUUCCAACACGUCGCACGGCCCAGAUCUUCCAAGUGGGCCUUGUUUCAUUUGGAUCUAUCCCUUGUGGGGCCCAAACCACACCUAGUGUCUACACAAGAGUGUCUGCAUAUCUGGAAUGGAUAUUGGAUCAUAUUACAGAGUAACUAACGUAUCUCAUAAAUUGAAGUUAGAAUAAUUGCUAAUAAUUGGAUCAGCAUAUCUAGCAGUCAUAUUAAUUGUCCAAAUAUGUAGUGUAUUUCCUAACUGAACAUCAUAAACUGGGAUGUCAUUAAAAGGGUCUCUACUGAGGACAAAUUAUAUGACAGCAUAUCGGCCUCUACCAACUGGGUGGUCAGAGCAUCAAGUAUUUUCAUUGCCCAAUCUUUGGGUGGAGUAAAUAUGCUGCUAAAAUUCCAAUUUGUUUUGAACUAGCCUAUAGCCAUUAUGUUUAGCAUACUACUACCACAAUUUCCUCCAUUGCUCUAUACAGAUCUGUGUUAGGCUUCCAUACUGAGAGUUAUUUACAAACAACUAAUCUAACAAGGUCAUUCCUGAUUGAAAGUUCUAUUCGCCUUCAGUACCCCAUUCCUAUUCCCACUGAUUUGGGAAUUAUCAACUCUGAGAUGGAAUUAAGGAAAAAGUAUGUAACCAUUUUGUCCUGUAUUUGUAGAUAUGGGAAGUGAUGGUGGAAGAAGUAGUAGUAGCAUGUGGGAUAAAGCCUUAUUCAUAAGAUGUUUCAUACACACCACCUAACUGGCAUUCUCUUGUUCUAAUAGGAAAGUGGCACAGAGAAAUAAAAGUUUCUGGUAUGUCUUUUGGAGGAAAAUAAGGGGGUGGAGUGAGAGGAUAUAGACCACCGAUCAGAAAUGACCAGCUGGACUAUUGUCCAGUGGGAAAGUGACAAAAGGAAAGAGAGUUAUAAAGGGUUAUAGCAGAGGGGGGAAUUGGGAGUGAGGAGGUGUGGACCACAACUGAGCUGUCUUGGGCUGUUAUGCUGAAUGCAAGAGUGGAAGGCCUAUGUUAUUACUGUCAACAGAAUGUAAUUUAUUUUUUUACAAAAUUUGAUGACUAAAGAAGAUACUGAGCAGGGCUUCAUUCUGGAGGCUGACUCUGGUGAAGCAGUCUCAUCAGACAGUGAAAGACACAGUAGCAAUGUGAGCAUAGCUUGAAACACUAAAUUCUGUUAACACUACAACUUCCUACAAAUUCUGGUGGUAUCCAUAUUUUUUAAUUGUAGUUCUUAGGAGACCAAGGAUGAAAGAGGCACCUAAGUAAACAAGGACUGUACACAAAUUAGUCUUCUGACUAUACUUCAUUGCAGUGACCCAACUGUUGGUGUCAGAGACAAAUCAAUACUGUGAGUACAACUGAUAUUUAGAUACAUUUGACACAGAUAAGACAGUUGUCACUUUGUGGUGUGACUGUGUGGAAGACAUGCCUUCUUUUCUUUACUAUAAUAAUUAACAAGAAGUUCUGGGAAGAACUAAUCACCUACUUUCCUUUCACUGUAUAUUAUUUUAUAUGAAAUGGACCACAUAGAACACUCCAUAUCGAACAGUUCUUCUGUUGUUGCAUGGGUAUUUGUUGCCAUGGGAACGUGUUUAUUGAGCCGUUACCUAGCAAUGGCUGUGUCUUCUGGUUCCAGUAUUCCAGCAUUCAGCAUUAGGGGAGGGACACAGACAUGUGUACAGCAAGGUGAUCUCAUAAGCCUCCUUUUAAUUUCUUUUAGAGAUUACAAAACUAGGCUGCCUCCAUCUUCAGUGUCAAGAGUAAGUCAAGCAAGAAAUCAGCAGAAAGCAGAUGGAAAGCUGGAAAGUAAUAUCCUCUGGUAUAAAAUGCCAUGUAAUUCAGUAGAAGUGCACCAACAUUUUUAGGAAUAUGCUCUCUCAAUUUUCAGGGUCAAAGAGUAAGUCAUGCAAGAAACCAACAAGAAGUAGGCAGCAAGCAGAGCUCUCUAGCAUUCCUUUCUUUUGGGUCUGACUGCCUGCAACAGUUGAUUUUCUUGUUUUUGAGAUCGUUGAGUCAGGUGACUGAUAGAAGUUAUCCAUAUAUAGCUCAUGUCCAUGUCCUAUAUUUUCUGUCAUGUGUUUUGCAGUUCCAUAUGUUGUCAUAUCUGUAGUCAUAUGUGUUCUGUCCUUUUCUGAGUAAAUGUUCAUAUCAUAUUUGCAUCCAGAUAUAUCAGACAAUUGAAAUGAUCGUUCCUUGAAAAGUACUAUAACUUUGACCACAUCCAAAUAUUCAGAAGGGGCAUAAUAUUUUGAAUAUGCAAUGUUUAGAAGAAUUUGUAAUAGCCACUCAUAUUGAAUUAAGUGCUAGCUGAUCAUUAUGGACCACAGCAACUGCAAUGCCCACUGGUUCACAUGCCAUUAGUGACAGCGUAUAAAGAUGUAAACCUUCAGCACACUAGUUGUCAGUCGCGAGCUAGAAACCAUCUGCUGCUAUACAACAGCUCAGUUACCAGGUUUCCAUGGAAACAGAAUGUAUACUUCUUGGCAGAUUGAAACUGGAGCUUAUUCUGUCAUAUCAUCUUCCUCGUCAUCUUUCUUGUUUAGAGUGUUUUCUCAGAUGCCUGUGAUUUGUUCUCAAAUAUUGAGGCUCAUCUUUGUUCAAGAAUUUUCUUUUGAAAUUCUCGUUUUUAUGGUUUGAGAGAGGAGAUAAGGAACCCAGAACUUACUUUAAGGGUUUGAAAUAGAAUGAUCCCAGCUCUGUUUGCUUCCUGUCACAGCUAAUCUUGACGGUUGAGUCAGACAGGCGAAUGUUACCCCAUGGUAUACCCACUCAUUCUUUUCUUAGAAUAGCAGAAUCUUUGACUAGAAAGGCCAAAGUUAUGUUUAUGGUGACUUGUUUUGACAGGAGAGCAGUCCCAAACUAAGGUGGGAAGAAGUAGUAAUAAUUCACAGCUAGGCAAUUUACAGUUAUCGUCAAAAGUUUCUGGCGCUUUUCAGAGCUAAGUAAGAAAUAACCCUGAAGAGAAUGUGUGAAAAUAUGAAAGAAAUAUAAACCAAUUGUGUAUACACAGACUGUCUAUUUCAAAAUUUUGAAUACAGAUAAAUGAAGUAAUUCUUAACAGUCCAGUUUUUAUUUGGAGCUUAUAACCUUAAAUAUGGAAUAAAUAUAUUUUCUGAAAUGCUGCAUUUUAGACAUUUAAGGGAAUUUAAAAUCCUAGGCCUGCACCUACUGCACUGGGAGUUUAGAAGCUGUAUGUUAAUGAAUAAGAUUUAAGAAGAAAUUUAAAAUUAAAAGCAGAACUCUGUGGAUUUAUUAUGCAGAUGGGAAAGGAGAGAUCAGAGGACAGUUUUACACCUGGAAGAUUUUCCAAAGCUAUGAGUAAUGAAAAUUAUUGUCAUCUUAGCUCAUUUUCCAUCAUACUUAAAGAGUACUAGGACUAAUUGAUGUUACAUCACUAUGAAAUAGGCAGGAUGAUAUUUGUAAAACAUUUGUACAUUCACAUCAGACACAUUCAGACAGUUACAUAAUCACUUACUAGUAUUAACACUGAUUCUGCAAGCACGCUGUGCAAUGAUGUACAUAUAAUUUUUUUUUAAUUCGCUUAGUGGGGAAUGGAGUCCAACUGGGUCCAUUCAGCAUGGCGGCCACU